AUCGACUUCAUGUUUCGCAGUGUGUAUGAAAAGUGGAACAUCUUUUGAUGCUUCCUUGCGAGUUGCGUUUGUUGUCGCGCGAAAUUGAGUUAGGUUGUGGCUCGGAUCUUUUGUAUUGUUAUGCAAGGGGAACCUUCACCGUCAGCAGGAGUGACUGCGGUGCUUCAAGGAGACAUCACACAGCCGAAUUCGAAGAGGCCAUUCUGCAUCAUGUUGAAGAUAACUUGCCAACACAUAUACGAGCAACUGAACAUACCAGCUGCUGAUGUUUCGUAAGCUGCUUACUUUGGUAAUAGUACAGAGAGACAGAGAAAUUCUGUUAGGAUUAAAGAAGAGAGGAUUUGGAAAAGGGAAGUGGAAUGGCUUUGGAGGGAAAGUUGAACCUGGCGAAACAAUACAGUGUGCUGCUGCAAGAGAAUUGCAAGAAGAAAGUGGAUUGACAGCACUAGAUUUGGAACAUGUAGGAGUAAUAGAGUUUGAAUUUGUGGGUGACAUGACAAUUCUAGAGGUACAUGUGUUUAAAACCCAUAAUUGGUCAGGAAAUGUCUCAGAAUCAGAUGAAAUGUUGCCAAAGUGGUAUUCAAUUGACGAGAUACCAUUUGAUAAGAUGUGGGCUGAUGAUCGACACUGGUUACCACUUAUACUUCAAGGGCAUAAGAUCAAAGGUUACUUUCUGUUUGAAGGUCAUAGCACAAUUCUGCGAUAUGAUUUGAACAUUGUGACAGAGUGAAGUUAAUGUAUUUGAAAAAUAAAGGAAAUUGUUUCAGAUAUGAUCUUGAGUAAACCGUGUUUGUACCAUGCUAUAAAGUGAAACCUGAGUGAACUAUUUUCAUAUAGUAAUGUGUAAAUUUUAUACUUUUAUUUUAAUAUUAGAUUACUGCUUGUGUCAUAACAAUAAUUUUUCUAUAGUUGACUACACACUACUUCACAUCAUGUAAAAAGUGUGUAUUAAAUGUUAAUUGAUAUUUGUAUAACACCUAUGGAUGAUCAUAAUCAACAUUUUUCACUCCACUUUAGUUUUGUACAUGUUUCUUUUCAUUAUUAAUGUAAAUGUAGAGGUUACUACGCAACUGUGUGUCAACCUUAUUGAUUAACUGUGAAAGAAAAUCUACAAACAGUAGUUGGACAAGGAAGGGAACAUUUUCAAUGAAAUAUUCAAAUGUGUUUACUUGUCCCACAGCAGAAUGCAAAAGCUGAAUAUUGAAAUUACAGUAGCAAUGUUGCUGUAUGAAAAAGUGAAGACAAACACAAAGGAGGUAGGGAAGUUAGAGGCUGUGGGCAAAGGACAAGUAACUCACCAGAGAUUCUGGUAAGUAAUUAAUAAUGCCAAUGGACAGACAAUUGGGCAGAGGAUAAAUAUUUUCUGUAAAGUAGUCAACACACAAGCAAUAGAGACCAGACCAGUGAAUGGAAACAUGUCAGUAACUGUAGUGGAUAAUGAAGAGAAAAGAAAUUGAAGGAGGAGAGGGUUAAAUGAAGACAAGAAGAUAAUCUUCAAGUCGAUGGGUGAAACCAAGUGUGUUAUGGAAGUAGUGUGCGCGCACAGAAGCAUCAGGAGUUGUUUUUGAAGCCCAACUGAUAAAAUUCACAUCAGCUUAUGUAUGUGUGUGUGCAUGCUGGUGUUGUUCAAGAGUAUAAUGUGGAUUGUGUUCACUAACUAUUAAAGUAUUUCUAUCAGUAAUAGCACAGUGCCAAAUAAUGAAUGUCCUUUAUUAGAUCAUAGUGCUUGAUAAGAAUGUUACUACAAUGCUGAAAAGUAUUUUGUUGUAUUCAGUUUCAUGAUACUUGGAGCACCAUAAUCCGCCUGUGUUCAGUUCUGCUGAAUGGACACACUUUCCACAAACCACAGCGAAUGAAGCUAAAUUUAAAAAGGUAAAUGGGUGUAUAACAUC